AUGCUUGCUUCCGAUGCUUCUGCCGUUGUCGAGUUCACCAAGGAUGUUGUCUAUCUACGUGAUGGUGAACUUGCUGAGGUCCUUAUCGUGAUCUCCCAGUCUGGUGAAACAGCCGAUACCCUGGAGGGUGUUCGUGUUGCUAGGAAAUAUGGUUCGUUGUCGAUCGGCAUUGUUAACACUGUUGGAUCCACCAUUGCCCGUGAUACUGAUGCUGGUACAUAUCUUCAUGCUGGUCCUGAGACCGGUGUCGCUUCCACCAAGGCUUUCACUUCCCAGAUGUAUCGUUAUCCCGAAACUAUUCAGCGAGUGCUGAAACUCAACUAUGAAGUUAAGAACCUCUCCCUGUAUUUCCGCCUUGCGAGCAACUUCCUCUUCCUCGGUCGUGGAAUUCACUUUUCUAUCCAUGCUGAAGGGUAUCCAGCUGCUGAGAUGAAGCAUGGUCCCAUCGCUUUGAUCGAUCGCAUGAUGCCUGUUGUUUGUAUUGCCCCUAAGAGUGAUCCAACUUAUGAUAAGGUCAAGGCUAACAUCGGGGAAGUUAAGGCUCGUAAUGGGGAUCUUCUCAUCAUCACCGAAGAAGGCAGCCGCGACUUGGACAACAAGUUCGCCGGCGACAAGGAUCUCAUCACUCGUGUGCCAACUGUCGAUAUAAUCUUACAGCCUAUUGUCACUACAAUACCUCUCCAAAUGCUCUCAUAUUAUGUUGCCGAUCUCCGUGGUUGCUCUAUUGAUAAACUUCGUAACCUCGCCAAGUCGGUCACCGUCGAAUAG